AUGUCUCAAAAGGGUCAGAAACAACCGCAGAAGAGCCAACCUGCCAGUUCCGUACGACCCCAGCCGGCUAAUGGCGGUUCCAAGACAGCACCGAGCACGGCGACGUCGAGACCUGGUUCCUUCUCCGCAGCAGACUUGAACCGCAUUGUGUUGGAAUAUCUGAACAAGAAAGGAUAUCACCGCACGGAGCAAAUGCUGCGGGCGGAAAGCUCCCGCACUUUAACGCCACAGAACAAGCAGUCCCCAGGAAGCACUGCCACUGGUUCUUUCCCCGAACCGGGACAAGUGGCUGGUGUGGAUGGUGCACGGCCAGUUUCGAAUCCCGUGAACGUGAAGCGCGAUUCUGACGGUAAUCUCAUAUCACAACAGGCAAACAGCUCACCCAGACACUAUUUCUUGGCAUACUCGAUGUUGAAGAAUUGGGUAGACACCUCUUUGGAUAUGUAUAAGCCAGAAUUGACCCGUAUAAUCUACCCGAUCUUCAUAUACGCGUUUCUCACACUAGUGGCCAAGGACGCUAUUCAAGCUCGGCGCUUUUUUGAUAGGUUUUCUGUGGACUAUAAGGCGUUCCACGCUUCGGAGAUCAACAAGCUGUUUUCCGUCAACUCGGUAGAUCACAUCAAGGAAAACGAAUUAGCACAAGGAUUUCAAUCAAAUAAGUAUCGUGUGACAAUCUCUCGUACAACACUGAACCUCCUUUUGUAUUUUCUGAACGAAAAUGAGAGUGUGGGAGGGUCUUUGCUGAUCAGUAUCAUCAAUCAGAACUUGGACCCCAAUAUCGUCGAAACCAUUACCUCUCAGGAAACUUUGACUGAUGGGAUCAAAGAUGUUUCGGCAGGUGCGGUUGACGUUGAUGCGCAUAACUCAGUUCCCGUGAAACUGGGGAAGUUUCCUGUCGAUGAAGAGUUCGCCAAAGAAGUGGAGACUGAACUUCAAAAAAAAGAUACACAAGACAAGGUAGGAGACGAAGACACAAAAGAGAAGGGGCUCAUUGAGGAAUACAGGGAUAUGAAUGGCAUUGAAACUGAUGAGAAGUCCGGCAAUGAUGAUGAAAAAGCGGAAGGUACUUCCCCGGUUGCAGAUUCCGAAAAGAAAGAAGAUGGUAAACGAGAUCCUUACAUGGAGUCACCCGCCAAAGAGGCUCUUCCCCUUCCUUCGAAAACUGCACUCGAUUUGAAAUUAGAGAUUCAAAAAGUGCGUGAGUCUCGAGACGCAAUCCGGCUAGAAAAUCUACAAACGUCGGCGCCUAGCGUUUGCAUGUACACAUUCCACAAUACAAAUUCAGAGAUGACCUCUUUGGAAUUCAGUGACGAUGUGAGACUAGCCUCAGCUGGGUUUCAAGACAGUAUUAUUAAAGUUUGGUCGCUGGAUGGAACACCAUUGCAGAAUAAACUACCUUCUAAACAAAACGAGCGCUUGAACAGCACCACUCUUGUUGGUCAUAGCGGGACUGUCUACUCGACUUCUUUUAGCCCUGACAAUCGCUACCUUCUGUCGGCGUCGGAGGAUAAGUCUGUAAGACUAUGGUCAAUGGACACCUAUACAUCACUCGUAAGCUACAAAGGUCACAACCAUCCAAUAUGGGAUGUUGCAUUUUCACCUUUGGGUCACUAUUUUGCUACGGCCUCUCACGACCAAACCGCCAGGCUGUGGUCUUGCGAUCAUAUUUAUCCGCUAAGAAUUUUUGCAGGCCAUUUAAACGAUGUCGAUACUGUCACAUUCCAUCCAAAUGGGACAUAUCUGUUCACAGGCUCAAGUGAUAAAACGUGUCGUAUGUGGGACAUGAGCACAGGUGAUUCUGUUCGUCUAUUCCUUGGCCACACAGCACCAGUCACCGCAACGGCAGUCUCCCCCGACGGACGAUGGCUAUCUACCGGGAGUGAUGAUGGUAUAAUAAAUGUGUGGGAUAUUGGUACAGGCAAAAGGCUCAAACAGAUGCGAGGACACGGUAAGAAUACAGUCUAUUCUCUCUCUUAUAGCAAAGAAGGCAAUGCUCUAUUGUCUGGUGGUGCCGAUCAUUCCGUCAGAGUAUGGGACGUGAAGAAACUAACUGCGGAGCCUGGUGCUGAACCGGAACAGCCGUUCACCAGCUAUUCUGGUGAUGUAACGACUUCUGUUAAUCUCGAUAUCAAGGAAUACGGGCGGAGAAGAACUAUCGUACCUACUAGCGAUCUAGUAGCGUCCUUUUACACAAAGAAAACACCGGUAUACAAGGUAAAGUUCACAAGGACCAAUUUAGUUCUCGCAGGAGGCGCCUUUCGGGAGUCAUAA